UUCCCUUCCUUCUUCUGUCUUGCCGCAGGAGCUGCCUACUCAGUUUGUUGUGGUCUCCGAUUCCCGGUCUCCGUUUUUCGGGAAGAUGACAGCGAAGAAGUCGGGGUCACGGUUGGAGACAGAGAUCGAGCGGUGCCGCUCUGAGGGACAAUGGGACAGAAUCCCAGAGCUUAUUAGACAGCUGUCUGUCAAACUAAUCGCAAACGAUGAUUUGGCUGAGCUAUUAUUGGGGGAAGCCAAGCUUCAGCAGUACCUCAAAGAGAACCCUAUCAAACAGGGAGCGAGCCCUCGCGGAGCCAAGCCAAAGCUGGUUGAAGUCAGGAAACACCUGACAGCAGCUCUUGACAGAGGAAAUCUAAAGUCUGAGUACAUGCAAGAGGCCAGUUUAUUAAUGGCCAAGUUGAACUAUGUGGAAGGCAAUUACAGGGAGGCUCUCAGCAAUUACUUCAAAAUUGGCCUUGAUGAUCUGCAGCUGGUUGGCAUCCCUGUUUAUAGGUUGUCAAUGAUCGCUGAAGCAUACGCAACAAAAGGUUUGUGCCUGGAAAAAGUGCCAAUGGCAUCCCCAGUCAAUCGACACACUGGUGGUGAACAGGAAAUCAUUACGUGCUAUGAGAAAUCGGGUGACAUCGCACUGCUGUACCUGCAGGAAGUGGAGAAGGCUCUGAGCAGUGGGAUGCAGAACAGGAGUCCCAAGCCAGGCCCAGUCUCCCAUGAGCAGGAACUGGGAUUUUUCCUGGAAACAGGACUUCAAAGAGCACACGUCAUUUACUUCAAAAAUGGAAACUUGACUAGAGGGGUUGGAAGGUUUAGAGAGAUCCUGAGAGCGAUUGAAACAAGAACAACACAGAACUUGAGAAUGACGAUCGCUAGGCAGUUAGCUGAGAUCUUGUUAAGAGGAAUGUGUGAACAGAGCUAUUGGAACCCGCUGGAGGACCCUCCUCAUCAGUCACCCUUGGAUGACCCUCUGCUACAGGCAUCCAACACUGAGGACUACGCCCUCAGUAGAAGGCCAAAGGUGUAUGCCGGAGAAAACAUAUUCUGUCCUCAGGAAAACACAGAAGAAGCCUUGUUACUGCUACUAAUUAGUGAAUCAAUGGCAAACAGAGAUGCUGUGCUAAGCAGAAUUCCUGAACACAACAAUGAUCGUAUUAUUAGUUUACAAAGUUCAUCUAUAGUCUAUGAUCUACUGACAAUCGCACUUGGUAGAAGAGGACAAUAUGAAAUGCUGUCUGAGUGUCUGGAAAGAGCAAUGAAGUUUGCGUUUGAGGAGUUUCAUCUUUGGUACCAGUUUGCUUUGUCCCUGAUGGCUGCAGGAAAGUCGGCACGUGCUGUGAAAGUCCUGAAAGAGUGCAUUCGCCUGAAACCAGAUGACCCAACUAUUCCACUUCUCGCUGUCAAGUUAUGUAUUGGAACAAUGCACUGGUUGGAAGAAGGAGAGCGAUUUGCCAAAAUGGUGAUUGAUAUGGGGGAAAAGGCAUCAGAGUUCAGAGCCAAAGGUUACUUAGCCAUUGGACUUGUAUACAGCCUAAAAGCCACUGAUGCAUCGUUGCGGGGAGUACAGGAAGAAUAUCAGCGGAAAGCUCUUGGUGCUUUUCAAAGGGCCCAAAGUUUGUCUCCAACGGAUCAUCUUGCUGCAUUUUACCUGGCCUUGCAGCAUGCUGUAUCCAGACAGAUUCCAGAAGCUUUAGGCUAUGUCCGCCAAGCGCUCCAGCUCCAGGGAGAUGACGUGCACUCCUUGCAUCUCUUGGCCCUUUUACUAUCGGCACAGAAGCACUACCACGACGCCCUCAACAUCAUUGAAAUGGCACUGAGCGAAUAUCCAGAACAUUUCAUAUUGCUGUUUACGAAAGUGAAAUUGGAAUCAGUCUGCAGGGGUCCCGAUGAAGCACUGCUGACUUGUAAACAUAUGCUGCAGAUCUGGAAAUCCUGCUACAAUCUCACCAACCCCAGUGAUUCUGGACGUGGCAGCAGUCUAUUAGAUAGAGCUAUGGCAGACAGAAGACAAAUUAACACCAUGACCCUGCCUGACUUUAGUGACCCAGAAACAGCUUCCAGCUCUUCCUCUUCUAUCUCUGGAUCAGAGCCUUCUCUCCACUUUUUUGUUUCUUCUCACCACUCUCCCCAUUCCAAACCUGACCCCAUCCUGAAGUCCACCCGCCAUCAUUUCUGUGACCACGCACCCGGACGCUGGGCUUCCUCCCCUUGCAACCCUCCAGAUGCUUACUUUCAUGGUUUUUACUCCCUUUUUUCAGUUUGUUCAGUCCAUGCCACUUCAAUCGCAGCCUCCCGAGUGGAACAGGCCCUGUCUGAGGUUGCUUCCUCUCUGCAAAGCAGUGCUCCUAAGCAGGGGCCUCUCCAUCCCUGGAUGACUCUAGCACAGAUCUGGCUUCAUGCAGCUGAAGUCUACACUGGUAUUGGGAAGCCUGCUGAAGCCACUGCCUGCACCCAAGAAGCAGCAAACCUCUUCCCAACAUCACAUAAUGUGCUGUUCAUGAGGGGUCAAGUUGCAGAACUUCGGGGCAACACAGACGAAGCUAAACGCUGGUAUGAAGAGGCGCUAUCCAUCAGCCCAACCCAUGUCAAGACAAUGCAGAGAUUGGGCCUGAUUCUUCACCGGCUGGGUCGGUACAGUUUGUCUGAGAAGAUCCUGCGUGAUGCCGUGCAGGUGAAUCCCACGUCUCAUGAUGUGUGGAACAGCCUGGGAGAGGUGCUGCAGACUCAAGGCCAUGACGACGCAGCGACAGAGUGUUUCCUUACUGCUCUGGAGCUGGAGGCAAGCAGCCCCAUCCUUCCUUUCACCAUCAUUCCCAGGGCUCUCUGAACCAGCCACUGCAGCCAACACUCCCAAAAUGGGCUGCUUCAUACCCAAGCACCGUACAAAAAGAUUUAAGAGUUCGACAAGCAGUUGUAUGUGUUUUGGUCACAAAAGUAAUUUGUUAAUUGGCAAAAAAUAUUAAGAUUUAUUACAUAUACUGUGACAUUUGCCAGCCAGUUUUCUAACAUUACCCAGAUCCCACACAUGUACAGUAGGAAAGGCUGUCAUUGAAAAAGGUUUUCUUUAUCAGUUUCGCUAGUUGUUCUCGUAGUAUUUAAGACAGUAGCCUAACAUUCUGUGUACCGAGCAAGAGAUUUUGUAAAAACUAUUAGGAAUUCAUUUCACUACAGGUUUAUUUCACAGCAGGGUAUAUAUUUUUUAGGGUUUGGAUAAACAGAAAACGUUACAGUCGUUGUUGAGGAAGCUAGGGUUAAUCAACGUUGUUUGUAAUGCAAUCAGUAAAAAGAACAUUCAAAUCAUCUCAUGAUUGUAGCUACGAUGUUACUGGACCUAAGGCAUACUUUGCUUGAUGAACUGAAUACAAAAUAAACAUGGGCAAGGUGUGGCGCAGAUGCAAAACAAUGGCAUUGAUACAGGACAGCAGGAGAACAAGGAAUGGAAUACAAUACACCAAAAAUACCAUUUAGGACGGGGAUUCAGAUAUAAAACCAUUAAUGAACGGUACAUCAUUUGCCUGUGAUGGGAUAACUGUUAGGUCUUUUUUGCCAGUUUCUAAGGACAGUUUGCAUGUUUUUGUUCAGUUUUUUUUACUAUUGAGAAGAUGACACCAUAUUUUAUUGUAAUUGGCUUAGGCACUACAAGUGGUUAAAAGUAUAACAGAAUCCUUUUACAGACUAAAGAUGCAAAAAUAAUGACAAAUUCAUAAAGCAAUGGACAUGUGCUGUACUGUAGUUUCUGUUUAUAUAAUCAAACAAUAUGAAUAUAUGUUUGUAUUACAUUACCUUUUGGGUAAUGUAAUUUACAGAACAAUUAUUAGAAGAAUAUUAUUUUAGUAAAUUACCAGUAUAUUUUACUGUGGGUUGUGUCUCUGAUACUGUAUCUAUUUUAAGAAGUUGCAGUAUUUAUAUUUUGUUGUUCUGUAGUUGUCACAUACUUGAAGAAUUCUUAUUAUUAUUAUUAUUAUUAUUAUUAUUAUUAUUAUUAUUAUUAUUAUUAUUAUUAUUUAAUUUUGAUCUUUUUAAGUUCGCACAUUAUUUAAGAGAGACAUAUUUAAACUGGAAAUUAUGCUGACAUUCCUUAUUUGGAAGAGUUAUCAAAAAGCUAAGUAGCAUCCUUACUCUUAAUUAGUACUGUGUUUGCCAGAGGGCUCCAUUACAUUUGAUGCAUUUGCCCAACAAAAAAGAAACGUAAAGCUCUGCACAGUCGUAGAGCUAUGAUCUGUGAGUCUCUAACUAAAGAAUGUAAUACAAUGUCAAUAAAAAUGAUUGGAAUACA